AUGUUGACUAAGGGUCAGGCAAUUCAGAUUACGACUGCAUCCAACCCCCUCGCUUUCGACUUUGACAGAGAACAACUGGACGAUCCCCGUGGGAUCAUAGAACGGUCAAUCCCAGACAAGGAGAAAAAGAUAAAGAUGUCCAAGCUUUUUUCGCGAGCCUCGUCAAACGGAGACAUGAACAGGGUCGCAGACAUGCUCGACAACUUUCGCGACUGGAUCGACCUCGAAGCACAGGACGAAGACGGCACCACUCCACUCAUCUAUGCUGCCUGCUUUGGCCACACCGAGAUUGCAUUCAUGCUACUUGAAGCCGGCGCCCAGGUCGAUGCCCGAGACAAGUUUGGGUGGACAGCGCUGGUUUGGGCCACGAACAAUAAGCACGAGAACAUUGUUCGGCUCCUUCUGGAAAUGGGCGCAUCUACAUCUGCACAAACCGCCAAGGGUCACACCAUCGUCGACUUUUUGCGCCAUGACCCCAACGACAAUACGAAAAUUGUACAAAUUUUCCAGGAACCUGGCAGACGAGACAGAGAGUUCGACUGGGAGCGCUGUCUGCCCGAUCAGAUGUUCGUCUUCUCGAGCAAGGAUAUCAAACAUAUCAUCGAGACCACUGUCACGGCCAUGGAGCCUGGACGCUCGCGUGCCCAUAGACCCAUCCCCGCAUAUGUACUCUUCCUCGCUGCAAGAUUCGCUCACUACUUCAGCUCACAGGAAUUGCUGGAUGAGCUGCUCGAGGCUACUUCAGCAAGCAUUCAUACUGUCACGAAGAACAAACCUGAGGACAUGACAUUGACAGCUUACUGGAUCUCCAACACCAGUGUCCUGCUUCACUUCUUGCGCAAGGAUCCUGGACUCAGCCAGGCGUCUGCACUCCAUCAGCUGAAGAUCGAGGCGAUGUUGCUGGACAUGAUCCAGAUGAUUGUCUUGGAUGCCGAGAGACGUAUUGAGCGGAUCCUGGAGCCAGCCAUGCUGGACCAUGACACGAUCGUGGGCAUGGACGAGGUCAAGUUCCAGUCAGACUGGGCGUUCCUCUGGAGGGGUAGCAUGAGCAAAGCAUCGACAAAGGGCAACGGCAACAGCAACAACAACACUCGUCGCAUCUCGCCAAGGACGAUCACCACGAUGCUGUCGUCUCUGCUGUUUGUGAUGCAGACCUAUGAUAUCCACCCAGAUAUCAUCCAUUACGUGAUUGCUCAGCUUCUGCAUUAUGUCUCGAACGAGGUCUUCAACCGUAUGAUGGCCAACAAGAAGAUGCUGUCCCGGUCCAAGGCUCUUCAGACCCGACUGAAUCUCUCGAUCCUCGAGGACUGGAUCCGCAUGAACCACUUGCCAGCCAAGCUGAUGGACCAGUUUGAGCCAUUGAUCCAGUUGCUGCAGCUGCUGCAGGUCCUGUCGCUGCAGGAGGACUUUGCUACAUGGAUCGAGACUCUCAAGAAGCUGGAGCUCUUGAACCCAAUACAGGUCAAGCGUGUGGUGAGCGCAUACCGAUUCGAAGUGAAUGAACCCAGGUUGAACGAGGAGAUCACACAGUAUGUGCUUCAGGUGGCCUCGGACACAGAGAAGAUGGUCAGGCGGCAGAUGAUGGACCGGAAACGGGAGCGGCCAUUGACGAUGAUGUCUUUGCGCGACCAGGAGGAGGAGGCGGCGUUGCUGUCGGAGGCAAGGAACAGUAAGGCGUGGUUGCCGUUUGUGAUUCCGGAGAACAUGUCGGAGCGUGAAAAUGGAGUCGAGCGCGUGUUUGUGCCGUUGAUCCCUGAGGAGAUGAUGUCGCUGCUGGACACCUACUCAUCCUCUUGA